AUGGCAGGUGCAGUGCUGUGGGGCCCAGCAAAGGUGCACAAAGGUAUGACCGUGGCAGAGCUGGCCUCCGCGCUAGACAGGCCAAGCACGAUCGCAUGCAAGGAGUGCAUGCUUGAGCCAAGAGCAGAUCUCUCUCAGCUCGACGACCCGUCGGAGCUCUUCGUUCAUUUCGACCCUCCCAAGCCCUUCGACCACAGCUUCGUGAGGGAGCUCAUCGAACUUGCGCAGGAUAGCGAGGACAACGAGUUGGUGGUACCUCCGAGGAUGGAGGCUUUAUGGGAGAAUCACCAGUCGAAGCUCGUCCGUGAGGGUGUGACCUUUGAAACUCACCCUCAAGAGGCAGCCGACGAGCUCAAUCGGCUCGUGGAGGAGCUGAAAGAGAAGAGCGCGAAGGAUUAUCAUCCGGGAACCGACGAGAUCGUACGUGAUCUGGUUCAUCCUUCGCUUUACCCCUUUGUGGAGGGGAUUUCCCAGACCGCAGGGACUGACGACGUUACGCCGGCAGUGCAGGGUUUGCAGAAAGACAUGUGGAGAAGGCCCUACGAGACGAGCAAGUACCAGUGGUUGCCGUCGGAGGUCUCGGUAGCAGCAGAUGGUACUUGCAAGUUCCAGACAUAUAUCAACAACCUCGACCAGGAGAAGCAUGGUGACUUAUGCGGUGCAUUGGAGCGUCUGCUGACCCGGUGUCUGCCCCAUCUCGAAGCUGCUUGGAGCCAUGGACAGCAAGUAAAAGGUUUCAAUGUUGAGGAUGAGGACAUGGACGAUCUCGACUCUGACUGCAGUGCAGGUGAGCCGGAGAACAUAGAAAUCGAGUCUCUUCGUGGACGGUCUAUUCAAGUCAUUACCAAAAUUGUGGAUUAUGAGCUGCCUCCGGGUGGGACCCACGAAGGCGUCUGGCAUGUGGAGGGGAUGAGCCACGAGAACAUCGUCGCGACAGCAGAGCUCAUCUUGAAGAAGGAUGCCGCACUCGUCGGUGGUGGCUUGCAGUUCCAGCGAACCUUCCGAGAAACGGAAGGGCGCCCAAUGAUUAUGGGAUUUCCCCAGUGUCGGGCAGCACAGCUGGAUGAGGUAGUGGAGGCCGGCCUGGUCCCCCUGGGCCAGUUGCCCCUCCCACAUCGGCGCCUGGCGGCUUGGCCAAACAGCCACAUCCACAAGGUGGAGAAGAUCUCGAACACAUCGGAAAGCCCGGCGGUGCGGCGCAUUGUGGUGUUUUGGUUAGUGAACCCAGGGGUCAGGAUCAUUUCCACCCAGCACGUGCCAAAGCAGCAGGGUGUGAUGCCAUUGGAGGAGGCUCAAAAUCACCGACUGUCGCUCAUGGAGGAGCGAAAGUUACACAAGCAGAAUUGGAAUCUCAGAGAGGUCAGCCUUUGUGAGCACUGA